CCUAUCCUGCUAUUAAUCUCGGAGCGAGAAUUCCUAUACUGGAUAGAGGCAUGGAGCUCUCUCGAGUGAACACGCUGGCUAUCUUGGCUAUUGUUCUCCUCACACUUGAAGGUGUGCACGGCGUCCGAAUCCGCCUCUACAACGCCUGCCCCUUCACAGUGUGGCCCGGCUGGAUUUCAAACUCCGGCAAGCCGCAACUCGGGGGUGGGGGUGCCCGUUUGGAAUCGUGGCAAUCUUACGACCUCUACCCGGGCUCGGGCUGGGCGGGCCGGUUCUGGGGACGCAGGGGCUGCAACUUCGACGGUAGCGGCCGUGGUCACUGCGACUCGGGCGACUGUGGCGACAAACUCAACUGCGGCAACUCGGGUGGUGUCACGCCCGCCACCCUGGCCGAGUUCCAGCUCAAUGGUUUCGCCGGCCUCGACUACUACGACGUGUCUCUGGUCGACGGCUACAACUUACCGCUGCGAAUCAACCCCGAGUACAACUGCGCCUCGGCCGGGUGUCACAGCGACGUGAAUGCCCGCUGUCCUAAAGAGCUCCAGGUGCGCAAGGAUAACUGGGUCAUCGGCUGCAAGAGCGCUUGCGAGGUGUUCCACAGCGAGGAGUUCUGCUGCACGGGGUCGCACAACAGGCCCGAGACGUGCAGUCCGACGUACUUCUCCCGGAUUUUCAAAGACGCGUGCCCGCAGGCAUAUAGCUACGCCUACGACGACGCGACCAGCACCUUCACCUGUGGUUCCGGUGGGGGUUACACCAUCACCUUCUGCCCCAGCGGGGGUCUCUCUAUUGCAGAGGAUGAGUCUUCUCAGAGCCGAGUCGAGGCUCUCUAAAUAAGUGUCAAAUCGGAGUUUUGUAAACCCGGUGGGCAAAACAAUGAAAGAAGGGACCUUCACCUCCGUCGAACCGGACUGUGAAAAGAUCUCCUGUCACAUAAAGAUCCAGUUUUGCAAAGGCA